AUUGGUGGGUGAUAGUUGAAAAACCCUAAAAUUACAUGAUAAAAAGAAACGAAAGAUUUGUGGGUCAUAAUUGAAAAACACAAAAGUAGGUUGUCAAGAUGCAAAAUCCACAAAAGGGGGCAAGCAGCAGCAGCAGUAACAGCAGCAGGUUCUUCUAGUUGAACGACUGUAACGUAAUCUUGACUUCCCCUUUGAAGAAUUCUUCAAGAACCCUAAUAGCACAAGCUGAAUAUUUGUAAUUUGGUAUAUUUGUAUUCUCAAGAUGUCAGAAAAGAAAAUUAUAGCUAUAUGCCAGUCGGGUGGCGUGUUCCAGACUGAAAAAGAUGGUUCCAUGACAUAUAGUGGUGGGGAGGCUUAUGCUGUUGAUCUAGAUACGGAGACAAAGGUGAUCGAUUUUAAACAAGAUUUAGCCGAGACGUUUGGAUAUAAUGUUGAUAACAUGUUGAUCAAAUACUUCCUCCCUGGAAACAAGAAAACUCUUAUCACGAUAUCCAAAGACAAAGACCUUAAACGCAUGAUUAACUUCUUUUCUAAUGCUGAUCAAGUGGAUGUCUUUGUCAUGCCACUUGACGGUGGCACUGCGGCUCCAAAUGUCUCCAACACGCCUGCUAGUAGGUCGAGCAGGACAACAGUAUCUGAAGCAGUUGUUCUUGUAUCAAGCCCUGUUGGAACAAGCCAGACGGAUAACGACCCGGAUACAAACGAAACUAAUCCACUUGAUAUCGUUAUACAAAAUGAAGCCGCACCAGUGUCAUUUGCUUACGGUUCAAAUUGGGAAAACGAAAAACAACAUAAUAAAGCUGCAAUACAGUGGGAAAACACAAUCACGGGUGUGGAACAAAGAUUUUCUAGUUUUGCUGAGUUUCGUGAAGCUCUACAUAAAUUCUCUAUUGCCCACGGUUUCCGUUACAAAUAUAAAAAAAGUGAUAGUCACCGUGUUAGUGUCAAAUGCAAAGCUGAAGGUUGUCCGUGGAGAAUAUAUGUGUCAAGAUUACCGACGACUCAUUUAAUCCGCAUUAAGAAAAUGAAUCCGGAACAUACAUGUAACGGAGUUGCGGCAAAAGCGGGUUAUCGGGCCACAAAGGGUUGGGUCGGGAAUAUUAUAAAGGAGAAGUUAAAGGCUACCCCGAAUUACAAACCGAAAGAUAUCGUUGCCGACAUUAAACGGGAAUACGGUGUCCAGUUAAAUUACUCACAAGCAUGGCGUGCAAAAGGAAUUGCGAAAGAACAACUUCAAGGUUCAUACAAAGAAGCUUAUUCUCAGUUACCGUUCUUUUGUCAGAAAAUAACGGAAACGAAUCCCGGGAGUUUAGCUACGUUUGAUACAAAAGAGGAUUCGAGUUUUCAUCGGUUCUUUGUCUCGUUUCAUGCUUCGAUUUCCGGGUUCCAACACGGCUGUCGUCCUUUAAUCUUUUUAGAUGAUAUACCUCUAGACGCAAAGUACCAAGGGACUUUGUUAAUAGCCACUGCUGCUGAUGGUGAUGACGGUGUUUUUCCAUUGGCUUUUGCGGUAGUUGAUGAUGAAACCGAUGAUGACAACUGGUUUUGGUUCUUAUCAAAAUUGAAAUCAGCCGCCCCGAUGUCUCAACCGAUCACCCUUGUUGCGAACUUCACAAAAGGGUUAAAAGACUCGAUUGCUAACGUGUUUGGUGGAGAGUGUUUUCACGCUUAUUGUUUAAGAUAUAUCGCUGAAAAACUUAACGAUGAUUUGAAAGGUCGGUUUUCACACGAAGCCAGACGUCUCAUGGUUCAAGAUCUUUACGCAGCUGCGUACGCACCAAAGCUUGAAGGUUUUGAACAAUACGCUCAAGAUAUUAAAGCUAUUUCACCCGAAGCGUAUGAUUGGGUAGUGAAUAGCGAGCCACAACACUGGGCAAAUGUGUUCUUUGAUGGAACACGGUAUAAUCACAUGACGUCUAAUUUCGGACAGUUGUUUUACGAUUGGGUAUCGGAUGCAGUUGAGUUACCGAUAACUCACAUGAUUGACGUGUUACGAGGUAAAUUAAUGGAGUUAAUUUAUACAAGACGGGUCGAUUCUAACAGAUGGACUACAACUUUGACGCCAUCAAUGGAAGAAAAGCUUAAAACCGAAGCUUCAAAAGCGCAAUCAUUCCAAGUGUUUCCGUCGCAGAAUAACAUAUUUGAGGUUCAUGGUGAUUCUGUCGAGAUGGUUGACAUUAGUCAAUGGGAUUGUAGCUGCAAAGGGUGGCAGCUGACUGGACUGCCAUGCUGUCAUGCGAUUGCGGUUUUUGAGGGCAUGGGUAGAAACGUGUACGAUUAUUGUUCUAGAUAUUUUAUGGCUGAGAGUUAUAGGAAAACAUAUGCAGAGUCGAUUUAUCCGAUACCUGAUGUGGAGGGUCCAUUAGAUGGUGAGGACAUUUUGGUAAUUGUUACACCGCCUCCUGCUAAACGGGCCCCAGGGAAGCCAGGUAGGCGAGCUAAGUUGAAGCAGGCUGGGUCGCUGGAGCUCAUUAGACGACAAAUGCAGUGUAGCAAAUGCAGAGGUUUAGGUCACAACAAAAAGACUUGCAAGGAGGGGGUAGAGAUACAUGACACAUCGUCAAAUCCGGAAGUGUUGAAUCGAGAGGGGGUAGAGACGCAUGAAGCAUCGUCAACGCCUGAAGUGUUGCCAAUUCAGAUGGAUGAAGACACACAUAGAUGACUCAUCGGCCACGAUACACGAAGUCUGAAGGUUGUUGCAUAUAAAUAAUCGGAAAGAUAUUAUUGACAUCGAGUUGAUGCAAGAACCGAAAUCUUAGUUUAGGUAGUCAUAAGACGGAUGAAACUUGUCUUGAUGGUUGGAUAUAUAGUCUUGAUCAUAAGUCUGUUUGAAGGUAACCUUGAUCAGAUAAUCUAACUUUCUGUUUAUAGUUCUUGGUUCUCUACUUUAACUCGUGUAUAACUUUCAUUUAUAUUAAUGUAAUAAAAUAUUUUCUCCA